GUCAUGGAGCUUUUUAUCAACUCCUCCUUCCUCUACAUCUCUCUAAGACCCCUCAACUCCACAGCCGGUGAGAAGACAGUGUAUGACAUUUGUAAAGACAUGCCUGCUGUUAUCAUUUGGUACCUGGGCCUGCAGUUCAUCAACAUGUUCCUGGGCAUCCCGGCCAACCUCAUGGUGCUCUGGCUCAUCCACAAGAACAAGAGGGACUCCUCCACCUCAGAUAUCUUCAUCCUUCAUCUGGCGAUUUUAGACAUACUCUUCUGUCUCACCCCUCCACUUGAGCUGGCCAACAUAGUUUUCCUCACCAGCAGCAACACGUGGUACGUCCUGCGCUUCUUCUACGGCCUCAAAGACUCCUCGCCUCUCUUCCUUUCCUGCAUCUGCCUGGACCGUUAUAUGGCUGUGGUCCACCCCAUCACCUUCACCAAUCUCAAGGACCGUCACCACAGAGCAGUCUUGGCCAUCCUAGUCUGGCUGACCACUCUUGCCUAUGCCGCUGCUAAAUGUGUGGGCAACAUUGUCAACUUUGAGAAGGUCUUUACAGCGAUGAUCCUCGCGGCGUUCGCCUUCAUGGUAUUAUGCAACAUUACGAUUCUCUGGGUGCUGAGGCAGUCUGGGCCUGGUAGAGACGAGAUGCAUCCCUUGAAGAAGAGAGCCUUCAAGAUGGUUCUCAUCAUCCUGGCCAUCAUAGUGUUCAACUACUUCCCACCUGUCGCACUGUUGCCCUUCCAGGAAUACUUCUCUCCUGAAGUGUUUCGUUGCUACAUUCACUAUGUCGCAUUCGGCUUGAUGGACUUUAGCAGCAGCAUUCAGCCGAUGCUCUACCUGUCCAAGGAGAAGCUCAACUGCUGCCAGUGUGGCAGCACCCAAAUCAGGGUUACAUGUUGA